AAAAGAAACGUGCCCUGGCGUUGUGAGAAGGUCCAUCCGAAUUGCAUCGUUUCAUUCUCUAUUUGAAGAGACGAAUGUAAAAAAACGUGACGACAUACCGAUUGGUGUGUUAUAGCUUUGAAAAAAAAAAAAAAAAUAAAUAAAUAAAGGGCGAAUGAACGGCCGGUGCGUGUUGACACAUCAGCGUGAAUAGCUAAAAACGACAAAGUGAACGAUCCAAGUGAGGCAUCACGUUCCGCUCCAGUUCUAUUUUAUUUUUUUGGAGCCAUUUUGUUCACAUGCGUGACUUUUAUCUCUGUUACCUUUUACAGUUUUUCUUUUUAAAUGAAAAAAAAAACAGAACAAAGUGGUGCCCUUUUGGUCGGUGCUGUACAAAACGAAAUUCGGCAGCGACAAAUUACAGAAUUUCAAAUAAAAAAAGAAAAGAAAAUGUGUGAUAUGUAACAGCAAGAAGAUCGUGACAGGCAUUACAAUUUUCUUCCAUGACAUGUGAAAAGAGAAAAGAACACGGCCCUCGUAGCAACUCAAAGUAGCGGCAAUCAUAAUCAUCAUCAGUAUAACAGAUAAGAAAGGAUAACGGUGCAAAGAGGCACGAGCGUCGAUUGCUCGUCGGUGUUUCGCUGUGUAAUGUAAACUCUUCAUGUCGGCGGGAGCAUCGUCUAGUAGUGCAGUACAAAACGAAGAAGAAAAAAAAUCACGAGAAGGGAAAGAAAGAGAGAGAGAGAGAGAGAAAAACGAGGGGAAUAUAAAGAGAGUCAGUGUCUGCAAGAAAAAAAAAGUAGAGCAACGAGCUGGACUGGCUGCUCUCUUUUGUGCCCUCCGUUAGAUUGGCAUUAGACGUCCCGACGAUGAUCUGAUGAAAAUCAUCCAUCAAUUUAUGGAGGCCGUUGUCAGUUGUUUUUUUGUUUUUUUUCGUUGCCAUCAGUUCGUGUAUACGAGCUACUAAAUUCGAGAGAGCAGUUAAAAAGGAGACCGUUCAAUUCUGGUAGACGGGGCAGUUCCAAACGUUCCCGCCAUCCGCAGACGUGUGUCUCUUCCGCCGGAUCUGAUUCUUUUAUUUUUGUGUGUGUGUGUGUCCCCCCUCUGUGAUAUUAUUCGCUGACUAUGUCAGUCGCAUCAGCGCAUUGUCCUGAUUCAGUCCAGAGUUCACCACCGAUUAUUUCCAGCGCGAAUAACAAUCAUGUUUGACGGCUCGCUAAACCGUCAAUCGAAGCGGCUCAAAGCCAAUCGCAAACAAGUGAACUCUACUAUUUUUAAUCCUCAGUGAGAUUGAUUGAUUGAUUUAUUUUUUUUUAUCGUAUUCAACAUUCUCUGUGAAUGGCCGGCCAGAAGAAGAACACGCAGCUCUUGUCUUCGACUUGCGGCUUGUUCGGUUGGUUACCUCAUACCAGCGGCGUCUCAGCACCUCCUGUCAGCUUUAAUUCAACAACAGGGGUGACUGACCUACGCUGCCAUAGCGUCACGCAGGACGUUGAAGAAGAAAGCCAAGCGGCCAAUAAGGACGGUGCGAAAAUUGAUGAAGAAAACGAUGUCUGCUGCAAAUUAACGUCGACGUCUGUGCAAAGCAAGGCCGUCGGUGGCCGGGCCAUCCGUUUGACUUGGCAAGAGCCCGACAAUUGUCACGAAAGUGACGGACCCAGUCUGGUGACUUCAUGCAUUCCAGCGCCAGUUGAGACAUCCGUCGCAUUGCCACAAUGUCGGGUGAGACGGGCCAGUUUCGAAGACCCGCGUCCGCUACCGGCCAAGACCAAUUUCGAGCUGAGACGAUGCAAGAGCGAAGUCGGCCAACAUCCGUCCGUAACGAACGCCGACUCCGCUAACUCGCCGGGCAUCGCUCAAAACGCGCUGACAUCCAAAGACAAAAUCCAGGCGUUCGCUCGCACGGCCCGAGAAUUGCGAACUCUGAAGCUCCAUUAUUACCCAGAAUCAGGAUGGGGCUGGGUGAUCCUGUUCUGUGCAUCCCUGACCCAAUGCGUCUCGUACGGCCUCCUGCUGGCCGCCGGGACGUUGAUGACCGCCACGACACGACGCUAUGGCUGGACGAGCCAUACGGCGAACCAACAGCCUCCGCGUUUCCUGGUGAAGCCACUGCCCUACGUGACGACGUCUGCCCUGGAGCCGGCCAUUCUGGCACACUAUCGACCCGUCUACCUGUCGUCGGCCGUCAAUUACCCAGCGCCCAUCGCCAGUCCCGUUGCAGGUGCGCUGGCUGCCCUCUCGUUAUGCGUGGCGUCGUUGCUCUCGCCGGUGAUCGUCGCCUGGUGCCGGCGCAAGUCGACGAGACUGACGGCCGUCUUCGGUGGACUUUUAGCUGCACUGGGGCUCCUAUUCACUUCGUUCGCUUCUCAGUUUCAUCAGCUGUUUCUCAGCUAUGGACUAGUCCUAGGAAUUGGAGUGGGUUUAACCCGUGACACAGCCACUUUAAUGGUGGGCCAGUAUUUCAAACGCCGACGGGAAGCGGUCGAAAUUGCCCUAGUCGGGUCUUCCGGAAUCGGUUUGGCCCUUAUGACUGUCUUUCUUCACACAACGCUGGGUGCCAUCGGCUGGCGCUUGGGCCUUCAAGCUGUUACCGGCCUCGUACUGUUGACUUUUAUUCUUGGCUCCUGCUACAGAUCGGCAUCUCUUUACCAUCCCCAGAGGAGAGCUAUUCUCCAUUUGAAAAACCAACGAAAGAAGAUCAAAGAAAAGAACAAGCACGAAGAAAAACCACCCUUCUUUGAUUUCACUUCGCUCAAGUCACGCACCAUUCAAACAAUCAUGGUUUCGACAGCUUCUAUAGCAGCCGGCAUAUACACGCCACUUAUCUACUUGGGCUACGAAACGGAGAAGACCCAGGGUCGGGACUCUUCCAUGUUGCUGCAGGUGUAUAUGGGGCUUGCCUGGACAUUGGGUUGCAUAGCUGUUGGACUACUCAUCGUCCGAGAACCGGCCGAAUGUAAAAUUGGUCGUCAAUAUCUCUGCCAAGCAGCAGGAUUUUUGGCAGCCUUGGCUCUACUUUCACAGGCUGUGGUCUCCACACCAUGGUAUUCCCGGCCCUCAACUGCCCAACAACCAACAACGGGUGGCCAUCACGGUCUCUUUUGCUGGGUCUACGGCUUCGGAUUGGGUGCAUACCAUUACGCUCUUAAAAUGUUCGUCUAUCAGCGCGUUAGAGCCCGAAACUUUGCCCGCGCAUGGAGUUUCGUCCAGGCUUCGCAAGCACUACCUCUAGUCUGCGGCAUUCCUUUAGCGGGUUUCUUAAGUACAGAGUAUGGUCAAGAGGCAGCCUAUUAUGCCAGCAGUGCAUUUGUGUUGAGUGGCAGUCUGGCGUUGUUCGUGAUAGACUUGCGGAAGUAUGUUCUGUCGAAGUCGCAUUCCCACAAGCACCAGCACAGAAAGAAAGUCCGAACGCCAGUCGGAGGAAAUCGACCGCGCACGCCUAAAGUGGCCAGCGAACCGAACACCGACGGCACGGGAGGUGGAGCUAGCGGAAUAGUUGGCGACAUUUGUCGCGUAGACAUCGAUGGGAUUGAAGUCCAGCCAGAAGAGGACGAGGAUGACGAACCCUGUCCACCGUCUUGCAAGAGUCGCAUUCGAAGAGAUUCGUUGGCCGAUGAAGAAAUCCAUCUUCCACCAUUAACUCUUUUGCAACAGACGUCUCUGGUACUGGCUCAAUUAGGAGAGUUACCUUACGGAGCAGGUGCAGCCGAAUUAACCUGCAUCUCCGAAGAAGGCAUUGCCGAUAUGGACAUUCCAGAUCAUUUGCUUGAAGAACUAGAUUUUGCUGCCGAUUGCAUUACUUCUUGCGACAAGGUUGAAAACUACCUGAUGCUCAGCGAAUACGAGAAUAACCUCAUUCAACAAUCUUCGUCCUCCACUACGGAACGCAAGCCUCGAAAGUCGUCUUUUUUCCGACAGAUUGGCCAGACUUUCAACGGCCGUUAUGGAAACAAGAGUGGAUUCUGCGAGUCAUCGUGUCAUCACACGGCAAAUGCCACCAAUCACGCCGAACAUGGAAAUCUUCGCUCAUCUAGUAACCACCGCGAUGAAAGGGACCACACCGAUUCACCAUUGAAAAUGAUUCAAAUCCAUGAGAGUAACGAGGCUGAAGGCCGAGUUUGAAAUCAGUUUCAAGCAUAAUUUUCCUUUCCUUUCGUGAACAAAUCCUUAAUUUAAGAUAUUUCCGUUGUUUGAAAUGUUGCGUAAAUCGGAAAACGAUUUGACCCCCGUCAGCAAAUUCCUCAUGUAGCCACAUAGCUCUAUGCUGCACAAUAUAGAGGUCCACGUAUGAUCGUACAUUUUGUGCGACAUGUACCGAUAACGUAACCGACGUUUCAUAGCUAAGAAACCCGCUACGUAUAAUGUAUAGCAUUUGCUUGUCGACUGUAAGGCAGAUGUGCUUGUCAAUGUAAAAGAUUAUAACGAAACUAAUGUU